CUCUCUCCUUGCAGCCCCCCCAUGAGGCCAUGGCCAAGAUAUAUAUAUAACUAGGACUAGGUGAGGUGAGAGCUUGCCUCCUUCAGAGAACAAGGCGAGGGAGAGGGGCACCACCACCAAGUACGCACUCGGAUUGGGGGCAGCAAAGGGGACGCAGCCCUUUUGCCCGGGCAAAUCUCCUGUUCCUCCGCUCCCCGCUCCAUCUCUCUCUGUACGUCUCCUCUCGUGCGAGCAAGCAAGCCUUGUUGGGGACAAUGAUGGCCUGCGGGUCUCGAAGUCGGAGCAACGAGAUGGUCGACGAGUUCGAGAAGCUGGUCAUCCGAAUGAACCCUCCGAGGGUCACCGUGGACAACGACUCCGACAUGACUGCCACCUUGGUGAAGGUGGACAGCGCGAACAAGUAUGGGACCUUGCUGGAGGUGGUUCAGGUGCUGACCGAUCUGAAGCUGACCAUCAAGCGGGGCUACAUUUCCUCCGACGGCGAGUGGUUCAUGGAUGUGUUCCAUGUCGUGGAUCAGGAUGGGAAUAAACUUUAUGAUGGCCAAGUCAUCGACAGAAUUGAACAGUCCCUGGGAGCGGGGUCCCUGAGCUUCCGGGCGGCGCCGGAGCGGUCCGUCGGCGUGGAGGCGGAGGCGGAGGAGGAGCAGACCACCAUCGAGCUGAUCGGGCGCGACCGGCCGGGCCUGCUGUCGGAGGUGUUCGCGGUGCUCACGGACCUCAAGUGCAACAUCGUGGCGUCGGAGGUGUGGACCCACGACGCCCGCGUGGCGGCGCUGGUGCGCGUGACGGACGCCGACGCCGGCGGCGCCGUCGCGGACCCGGACCGCCUGGACACCGUGAAGCGCCUCCUCCGCCACGUCCUCCGCGGCAGCAGCCGCGACAAGAAGGCCGCCCGCGCCGCCAUCUCGGCGCGCGCCGCGCACGCGCAGCGCCGGCUCCACCAGAUGAUGCACGCGGACAGGCGCCGUGGCGGCGGCGAGGACGGCGGCUUCGACGGCGCCGGCGACGGUGGCUCCGACGACGACGGCGACUGCGGCGCCGCGUCGCGCGGCGGCUCCGGCCGGCCGGUGGUCGAGGUGGAGGACUGCGCCGAGCGCGGGUACACGCUCGUCAACGUGCGGUGCCGCGACCGCCCCAAGCUGCUGUUCGACACGGUGUGCACCCUCACCGACAUGCAGUACGUGGUCUUCCACGGCACCGUCAUCGCCGAGGGCUCCGAGGCCUACCAGGAGUACUACAUCCGGCACCUCGGCGACAGCGCCGGCAGCUCCGGCGAGGACCGCGACCGCCUCCGCCGCGCCCUCGAGGCCGCGAUCGAGCGGCGGUACACCGAGGGCUUGAGGCUGGAGCUUUGCUGCGAGGACCGCGUCGGGCUGCUGUCCGACGUGACGCGCAUCUUCCGGGAGCACGGGCUGUCGGUGACGCACGCCGAGGUGGAGACCCGCGGGGCGCGGGCGGCCAACGUGUUCUACGUGGUGGACGCGUCGGGGCAGCCCGUGCAGGGGCAGGCCGUGGAGGCCGUGCGCGCGGAGAUCGGCGAGCAGGUCCUGUCCGUCAGGGAGCCGGCGGACGGCGGCGGGCCCAGGUCGCCCGUGGGCGCCAGCGGCGGGCGCCGCUCGCUCGGGAACAUGAUCCGCUCCCGCUCCGAGAAGUUCCUCUACAACCUCGGGCUCAUCCGGUCCUGCUCGUAGCCGCCGGCCGCCACCGCCGACAUCGCCGCCGCAGCUCGGCCAACUAAUCAGCGUACUUCAGUUCAGGGCAAUGCUCGCCACUAGGCUACUAGCUAAGCUAGGAUCUAGGCAUCUAGCGAAAAGGUCUUGGGUUCCCAUCAACGGCCCGUUGAUCGAUCCAUGUCGAAACUCUUGGACGAACGUAGGAGCUAGCCUUGGGUUGUUCUUCCGCUCCGAUCCGAUCCGCCGUGUAAAUACCCCGAUCAUCUUUGGUUCGUUCGUCUCUUUCUUUUCAUGACCA